UAAUACAGAAAGGAAUCAGAUUCCUUAGAACAUGAGGAUGGUAGCGUGGAAAGACUUUUAGAGUAGUCAAAAAGUCACAUAUCAAUGUUCCUCUAAAGAAAGGAAAACUUUGUAUACAAACUUUUUCAAUGCAACAUCUUUAAACCUUUUAUAGCAUAAGAAACAAACACCUUGUUCAAUUUUAACUUGAAUUCUGAUCAUAAACACAAAAAUCUAACCAAAUAGCUGAAAUUUCUCAUAUUCUUUUUAGAUGGAAAACUCAACACUUAAAGCAGAAAAUCUAAAGCCUAUUAUCCUCAAAGCUGGUGUUCCUAUAGCUGUUUCUUUUGCUGGUUUGAUCUAUGCAUGGAUCAUAACAAAGAAAAGCUUAUCAAAAGUCUCUUCCUUUUCAGAAAGUGACUCUCAUACCCCUGAAAUAAAUUCUCAUGAUGUAACUCAACAUGAAGAAAGUUUUGAUAACUUUUCUUCUAUGGAAGAUGAAGGAAAAGAAGAAUAUACUAACUCUAUAGAUAGUAGUGUUGUUUCUGGGAGCUUUGGUUUGGAACAAGAGAUUACUUGCUUAAGAAGCAAGAUUGAAGGUAUGCAAAUGAGAGAAUUAGCCUUAACUUUACAGUUUGACAAAUAUUGUGAAAUGAAAGAAAAAGAAUCUAUGCUUAGAGAAAUGAAAAACAUGUUAUCACUCGAAACAUCUCGCGUCGAGUUCUUCGAUAGAGAGAUUUCAUUCAUAGAAAAAGAAACUAUGAGGUUAGAGAAUUUUGUAAUCCAAUACCUUAAGAUUAUUGAAAAGCUUGAAUAUUGGAAAUCAGAGAAUAGGUUGCUUCAUAAGAAAGUUCAGAAGCUACUUAAGAAAUCAAAGGCUCAAUCUCAUUUGAUUAAGGAGCAAACUUUGAUGAUCAAAGAAGGAGAAGAAGAAAUCUUGAGAAACUAUGAUGAAUUGAAAAAAAGGGCUAGUAUGAUUCAUAAGUUAGAAGAUGAAAUUAGAGAGAUGAAAAGGAUUUUGGAUGAUUUUCAAGAUGAGAAGAAUGAACUUGUGAAGAAGCUUGAGACAUCAGAAGAAUAUGGAUGUAAAGAAGAGUUACAUAAAAAACCUUUGAAAUAUUAUUUGCAGAUUGAAUCAAAGGAUGUUAUGGAGGAAGAUUACAACAAGGUUCUGAAUGAAUUGGAGCAAGUUAAGAAGGAACAUGAAAAUGAAAUUGAAGAACUUAUUUACUUGAGGAAGAUUAAUGUUUGUUUAAGGCAAGAGUUAAUGAAACAUGAAUUGCAUUGUUCCUUUUUGGAUCAUCAAAAUGUGUCUUGCAUUGGUUCUUCUACUUUUCAUGGUGACCCUUCUAGUUCCAAAAAGGGAAAGUUGAUUAAAAAGCUGAAAAAUUGGGUGGAUGGCAGUGAAAAGGUUAGAGUGAAACCAGAAGGUAAAAGCAGUAAUGAAAUUAAGUGCUUUGGUAUGAAUUCUGCUCCAGCUACUCCAAGGUUUUGCUCUAGUGCUUAGUCAAAAUGUCAUAUCAUCUAUUCCUUAGUAAAAAGUCAAAACAUAAUCAUGAGAACAAGUCAUUAUCUCUAUGUAGUUAUUGAUGAUACUAUCUAUAUUAUAAAUGUAAGAGAAUUUGAUGGUGAUGUAUAAGGAAUGAUAUAUAAUGUAUUGUGGCAAAUAAAUGAUUAUCAGAUUAUGUCAUCUAAUUUUAAAUU